CAUUUUGUAAAAGUGAUUAUUUUCCCCGAAAACGACUGUGCUGUGGUUCGUUCCGCAACAAAUUUCUCGAUCGCCGAAAAGUGCCGCGAAUCGUUCGAAAUAUGUAGGCAAAUUAGGUGAAUUUUGUAGCGCCGGUACCCCGCUCGCGAUUGGUGUAACUUGUGACCCGGAACCGGUCCCGUUUCGGGGUGAAAUUUCCGUUCGCGAAAUCCUCGGUGAAACCAGUGAAAAAAUCCUUCCAAUCAACCAACAAUGGCGGCGACCAUCAUCUUCUUCUUCUCGUCGUUGUUGUUGCCGUCGUGGUUGCAGAAACAGAAGCAGCAGGAAAAGUGGUCUCCCGUUGUCCAAAUCGAAGCCGUCGCGGUUAGUCCCGGGCGCAUUUUGGAUUUCGGUGGUUAAUUUGUGGAAGCAGCUGCCGGAUUCGCGGGAUUAAUCCUAGAGUGUGGUUUCACUUGGGGAAGAAAACUAGACUAGAGAGCUGUGAUCGAAUAUAUUCCGUGAAGGAGGGUUCCAGCAGGGAAAAAGACUAGCCUGGGAAGCUCUUAUGGAACUAAAGCAGCUAAAGGUGAACAAAACUAUAGUGAGUGAGUGGAAGUCAGAUUGAAGAAACGUUUCUAGCUAAACGAGAAGUUUGUGCAUUUGGGAAUAAGUUUAGUAUUUGGUGUUGUUUUCUGUGGUCAUCGUGAAAAGCCAGCUAUUAUUUUCUGUUCUGUUGAAUGCUGUGGUAGAAAAGAGUGUAGAAGAGAGAGACCAGAAAAAAUAGGGAACUGAGGGAAGAGUACCUAUGGAUCCGGAGCAGAUUACGCUGGAUGAGGAUUUUGACGAUGGGUCCACUGAUGGAGGCUACGGGGAUUACGAUUUUAUGCAGCAAGAGCAGGAUGUUCUGGCGGUUGGCGCAGCGCCACUAGAUGCUAUUUUGGAUCCGACCACUACACCAAACGCUUGUCAGACGUCCUUGAUAGGCGAAUCUCUGGAGUUGCCGCUUCAGAUAACAGCCGCCAAUAGUAGCGGUUUUCAGCAACUUCAAAAACAGCAGCAAUCUCAACCGGAAUCAUCCGGUCCGUUAGUGCGUCCGAUUACGAUCCCUCUAGCAGGGCGAUUCGGUCUUGGUGGAGGGAAACCAUCGGCUGCGGCGCUUCGUCGCGGGCCUGGACGUCCCAAGAAGGACUUACUACCGACAUUGAAAAUGUCGACAAACCCAUCCGGUAGUGGCAGUGGCUCCGGAGGACCUCCGUCUCUCUCCGGACCGACACUGAAAUUCAGCGGUGGAGUUCUUACCGGAUCCAGCUUGGAUUCGAAAGUCAUCAAAAGAUUUAAGAGUACUAAUGUAGUUCGUGGUAGUAUUCCUAAAAGGAAAACUGACACAACCUUGUCCGGUUUGGGAGGGGACGGAAUGUCCUCUUCUAGUGGUUUAACACCUUUACUGUUGCCAUCCCCGGGAGACGAAACACCGACCGCCAGCACGGCUAACAGCUCGGUGGCAUCAACUCCCACGGCAGAGAUGGAAAUCGAUCCGGCCCUGUUGAUGCCCGCUCCGGAAGAGUCGCCGUACUUCCCGGAGAAAUAUACCGGCAAGAUGUGUGCAUUGUGCAACCUGGGCGAACGCAGCCAACUGGGCCAGGGCGAAAUGCUACGCAUAGAGGUCAAGGACGAUGCACAGGUAGCGGUGGCAGCCGCACUGCAAUCCCAGGAAGAGAAAAGUCCUAUCGUGAGUCCCAGUGAGAGCCCAAAGACGGGCAUCGUACUUGGAGUUCCGCCCCUGUUGAGCAGUAACAAAAGACAGAAGGGGUUGAACAAGUGCAAGAAUCCAGUAAUCACGGCGGAGUAUGUGGAUGAGCUGGAGAAGAUUGGUCACGCCGAACCGAUCGAAUUCAGCAACAUCAAUGACGGUGGAUAUUUCUACAUCCAUCGAUCGUGUGCAAUCUGGUCGUUCGGUGUCGGUCGCGAUGCCAUCUCCGGAACAUUGAGCAAUCUGGAAGUGGUGGUUGCACAGAGCUUAAACAAGAAGUGCUACUUCUGUACGAGAUACGGCGCGAGUUUAUCGUGUAAGAUGUCAUGCCCGAAGUCGUUCCACUUUCCGUGCAUCGCGGCAGCCGGUGGGUUCCAGGUGAUCCAAUCGUACAACUGCUUCUGCAAGGAACAUCUCGGACAAGUGCCUUUAGUGUGUUCGGACGACAUCAACUGCCGGCAGUGCUCCGGCCUGGGGGACGUCGGAAACCUGAUGAUGUGUUCGAUUUGCGGCGAUCAUUACCACGGGAAGUGCGUUGGGUUGGCCCAGCUGCCGGGGGUGCGCGCCGGUUGGCAGUGUUCUUCGUGUAAAAAGUGCCAGAUAUGCCGAGUGCCUGACUCGAGCGAGGGUCGAACCGUGGGCUGUGAGCAGUGCGAUAAAAUCUAUCACGCCAGCUGCUUGCGUCCGGUGAUGACCUCGAUUCCCAAAUACGGCUGGAAGUGCAAAUGUUGCCGAGUGUGUUCGGAUUGUGGUUCAAGGACACCUGGGGCUGGAGCUUCUUCACGAUGGCAUGCCCACUAUACGGUUUGUGAUUCGUGUUACCAACAAAGGAAUAAGGGAUUCUCGUGUCCAAUUUGUCAUCGAGCUUAUAGGGCGGCGGCUCAUCGGGAAAUGGUCAAAUGUAGCGGGUGCAAUAAGUUUGUGCAUAGCACAUGCGAUCCGGAAGCAGAGCUGACGGUAUAUCACGCGAAAAAGGAGAACAAUCCAGAUUAUGAGUAUUUGUGCAACCCGUGUAAAGCGAGUUUUCAUACGGGUCGAUUUUCAGCCAUGCGAAGGACUAGCAGUAUUGAUGAUGACAGCAUGUCUGCGUCGAUGGAAAGUUUAGAGGACCCAUUGGAGCUGGACCCGGAACCAAGAGAACGAAACACCUCUGGAGACAUUGGAUUGGGCAAAGGAAAGCCAUACGUGGCGAGCAAAAUUGCCAAGAAGAGGCUCGGACUUUCAUUGAGCGGAAGUAGUUCUAGACCGAAAGGCACGGGGAAAGGUUUCCAGAAGAAAUCCCGUUUGGCAGAUUUCAGUCGAAAGCGUGGUCCCAAAGCUAAAAUGCGUGGCAUCUUUGGCGUUCCCGGUUUAGGACUGCAGCGGCCAACUGCCGACGUUUACACGAGUAAGACUUCAGAAGAAGAACCUGGAGGUGAUAACCGUUUAGUGCUUUGCUCUGCUAAGGACAAAUUCGUUCUAACACAGGACAUUUGCGUUAUGUGUGGAGCAAUUGGAACCGAUCAAGAGGGUUGCUUGAUAGCUUGUACCCAAUGCGGCCAAUGUUACCAUCCCUACUGUACCAAUGUCAAGGUGACGAAGGUGAUCUUGCAGAAAGGCUGGCGCUGUCUCGAUUGUACUAUUUGUGAAGGAUGUGGCCAACGAAAUGACGAAGGCAGAUUGAUCCUUUGCGAUGAUUGUGACAUUUCCUAUCACAUUUAUUGUAUGGACCCUCCGUUGGAACACGUUCCUCAGGGUAACUGGAAGUGCAAGUGGUGUGCUAUCUGUUUGAAGUGUGGAUCCAGUAAUCCUGGGCACAAUAGCAACUGGCUAAAUAAUUACUCUGAAUGUGGCCCUUGUGCUAGUCAAGUGAAUUGUCCCGUUUGUGCUGAAGGGUACGUCGAAGGAGAGUUGAUUAUUCAGUGUAACACGUGUGAACGAUGGCUACAUUGUGGAUGUGAUCAAAUUAAAACCGAGAAUGACGCUGAACGAUGCGCCGAAGAGGGUUACAACUGUACCCUUUGUCGUCCAAUGGAUCAACCGCCGCCGCAUUUGGUGCCCAAGAAAAAAGCCUUGCCUGCACCCAUUCCUACUCCGAAAUCGACCCCGAAACCAGAAGAGAAAAUCAUUCCACUCGCUCUGGAAGGAAACCAUUACUUGGAUGGAGUUUAUCUUAGUGAGCAUGGUUUGCACCAAAUAAAAUCUCUGCAGGCAGAAUUUGGAAAGCGUGGCAAACGGAAACCGAAAAUGCAAAUAGAACCUCCUUCCAAAGAUAAAGAUGACGGCAUAAUGGCCGCGAUUGAGUCUGUCAUAGCUGGAAGUAGUUUGGAUAAUUCCUUCGACGACGUCAAAGUCGAACCAUUAGAUCCCAAAGAGGAAGCCGAAAUCUACAAAGAUGGAAUGGUCUGGAACGAUCCCACCCCUCCUGAAGGAUUCGCUCUGUGCACUAACGAACAAGGUAUUGUAGUGUUGAGGAAAAAGCGGCAAAGAAAUCUACAAAAGCUGGGUAUCGGAGGUUUCUUCGUACGCAAUCGAACCGUCCGUACGAAGGAUGGAAAAGACGACGAUGAAUUAGUCGAUGGGCUUGUUCCUCAAACCGGAGAUGAGAUUGCUCCUGAAGUUAAACCCAAAAAGAAGCCAAUAAGACGCAAGCAGAAGAAUAAGCUAAUCGAAAUCUAUCCAACUAUUCUCCAAGACGCUUUCUUUGGGCGAUCUUUGUUGAGUUCUAAUGCUCCUCCUGUGAAAUUUGAAGCGCAAGAAAGCGAUGACGACGUAAAAAGUGACGUUUCAGAAGAUAAAACUAUCAAAUUGACACCUGCUGAAUUGAAAUAUGUAGAAGAAAUGAAAAUCAAAGAAGAACAGAUACAGCUGCAGGAGCAGAAAGCUUUGCAGCAGAGUAUCGAGCAAGCUCAGUCGCAGACCAAACUAUUGCAAUCUACAGCUGGAGGACUGUCAGCAUCCAGCGACAACGGAACGGGAGCUAUAAAAACCGAAGAAGACGACAACAGUGAUUCGGAAGCACUUAAAGACCUAGGAUUCCCGAACGAUUUGAUUGAGGAGGAUUUCGUUAACAGCAUCAUCAACAACGACGAAGAGCUAACGAAGACUUCGGUGGCCCUCGAGGAGUUGACGGCCGACGGAGAACUGGGCGAUGGAUUGAACAAGCCGAGCAAAAAUGAGUUGAACGACAUUUUGAACUCGGAUUUCAAUUUGGACAACUUGGACUGCAAAGACGUGGAGGAGAUCUUCAAGAACGUUCUGACGGAUGAAUCGCAGGAAUCUCAAGAAUCGCUGUUUGCCAAUUCGAUGACUCCGUACACAUCGAGUACGUCCACUCCUUCGCACAGCAUCGAUGUAACGAAGAAAGCCGUACCACAACGAUAUCUGAACAAUCCCGUAAUGGGGCUACAGCAACAGCCCUCAACUCCCACAAGCCAGCCGAUGAUUGUGGACCCAUCCAUGCAGGUCAAUAUGGGAAUGCAAUCCCCACAGACUCCACUGAUGAAUCAAAUGGGCAUGCAGUCGCCUCAUAUUCAGCAAUCUCCUCAGCAUCAAUCGAUGGGCCCGAACAUGAUGAUUCAACAGCCUUCGCCACUUCAGCAGCAACCUGGAACUCCCGGUACACCGAUUCAGUCCCUAUCGGCGCCGACCACUCCACAGCCGCAUUUACCGAUGAUUCCACCCCAGCAGCUACAACAGCCAUCGGGCCAGAUUCAACUUCAACAACCUCCGCAAUCAAUGAUUCUGAACCCUCAGCAGCAACAUGUACAACAGCAACAACAACAGCAGCAGCUCAAUCGAGGGUAUUACUCUAAUAAUUUCCUUCCACAAAGGAAUCAAUUCAGUAUGGGUGAUCCAAUGCAGCAACAGCCGCAACAGAUCGUAACACAACAAGUCAUUCCAGGGGUUCUUCCCCCACAACAGCAGCAGCAGCAACCAUCGCAAAUGCCACCAUCCGCAGGACCAGGUCCGGUACAAUCCCAAUGGACCCCCACUGGACAGCAAAUGUCGACCGGAACCGGGUUGCCGCUGAUGACGGCUAUCCCAUCGGGCCCUCCAAUGGGAAUGGGACCAUCCGGAGCGGAAAUGACCGCAUCCAUGGGGGCUAUCGACGAAAACAUUGGAACCAUUUCAGCGGCUCAGAAAAUGUCCGAACGCAUGCGAUUAGAUGAACCACUCGGAUUGUUGGCCACUAUUUCGUCGGUUCUGUACUGCAAUACGGAACAUCAGGAACUGAAGCUAGAGUACCCGAACUGGAGUGACCGCUGUAAACAGAUUUUCAAACGAUGGCGACUGCUGUCAACUGAACAAAAACAGCCCUAUCUCCAAAAGGCUCGGGACAACCGAUCUGCCAUCCGGAUCAAGAAAUCACAACAGGUACCACAAAUGUCACCUAAAGACGGCAAUAGUAAUAGUUCAGGUCAAGUGAAUGUAGUUCCAUCACCUUCCUCAUCUUCAUCAUCACAACCACCAUCAUCAGUCGUCGUGCAACAGCAGCAGCAGCAGCAGAGUGGCGUGGCCAUAGACUCAACGCUUUUGAUCGGUACUGCCGAUCCCUCGCAAAUGAUGACUUCGAGCGCCCAACAGCAGCCACAUCUUCAGAUGCAACCCCAGAUGCAGCUUCAACAGCAACAGCAAGUGCUUAAACCACUGCAGCACCACCAGCAGCAGCUAAUUGAGGAUCAAGAUAAAAUAAACUCCCAGCAGAAGAGUAUGCGCGAAGCGGAGCAGGAGCGCCAGUGGAAGCAGUUGCAACAGCAGCGUGCUCGGGAGCAGCAAACGCAGCAGCACAUGAUGAUGCCUGAUCAGAGAACUCAAGAUGCUACCAUGCAGCUGCAGGUUUCCACUGAAGGUACCUCCGGUAUGGGCCCGAUUGCAAGCCCAUCGCCAACAUCUCGCAAUCAAUUCGUCUCACCGGUCAACAAAAACCGAAUGGCCCCGGUUGGUCAGAAUCCACCGUCUAGUCCGGUGCCCAACUUCCAGCAUCCCGGAAUGGCCAAUCGGCCCAUGUCUGUUCCAAUUCAGCAACAGCGUCCCGGGCUCCCAGGGCAGCAACGACCCAAUCAGAGUCCCUUCUCACCUCAAUCUCAACCGCCGCAGUCUCCGCUCGAUAUGUUACCGGAGUCUCCCGCCAGUCAGGGCGGAUUGGAUCCAUUUGCCAGACCACCGUCGGAAGGCGUACCGGACAGUUAUGUGCAUCAUUCGCCACAAACACCGCGCUCGGUUGGACAUCAAAGUCCAAUCCAGACACCCAAUCGCAGUCCGGCCUACUCCGGACAGCCAAUGCCCAAUCCUCAAACUGCUAUGAGAAUCAAUCUUGAUACUCCAUACGCACAGGCUCCCGGAACGCCGAGGCCCCAAUUUCCUGGAAAUCAAGGUCGACAAACGGUUUACGCAAGACCCGGCGAAAUGUUCAGCCCGGUUCAAAACUCUCCAUUCACUUCGCCACGUCAGGAUGGAUUCAAUCAACCUGUGCAAGAAGGAAAUCGGCAGUUGCGAGAUUUGCUACAAAGACAGCAACUGCCCACCACUGGCUUAGGCCAAGUUAUGGUACAGUCUCAACAACCGACCUUACAAUCGCCACAACCGAUGCAACCACAAUAUAUGGAUGAAUCGCAAUCUUCUGGACAACUACAACAACCUCAACAGCAGCCACAACAGCAACAACCACAGCUGCAACAAAUGCCUAACCAACAAUUGCAGCAAGCACCCAUGGAUAAUGGUACGUUCCGGCAACCUUUGCCACCGAACAUGAUGACUCGGCCAAGAAUGCCAGUUCCUGCAGGUGGAAUCAGACCACAAAGUCCGAAUAUGGUGCAAGGACCCAAUGGUCCUGUCAUUAGACAGCAGAUUAUCCGUACAGCUUCUGGGGGUCAAAUGUUGAUUACACAACCAAUACAGCAACAAAUGAUGCGACAACGGAUGCAGCUACCGAACCGUCCGGAUGGAUCGUUUGUUGGUCAAUUGCAUUCAGGAGGACACGUUCAAUCUUUAGGGCAACCACAAAUUGGUCAAAUGUCUGGUGGAUUAACUUCUCAAACAGAUCAGCAGAACAUUGCCUUACUUGCUCAGCGUCUGGCCGGUGAAGGUGACGCACAUGCCCCCGCAACGAGUGCUGCUUCAGGUAAUCCGACAGCUGUUACGCAAGGAACUUCACAGGCUCAGCCGUCGAAUAGCGGAGAAGGAGCUUCCGAAAUUCCUGAUAGCGUGUCGGCGGAAUUGGAAAAACUUGAGCAGGAGGAUAAUACAGGAAUGGGCGAAGUGGAGGGUGUUGGCGAUAUACUCGGUGGACUGGGCGACGAUGACGACGAACUGCUUGAUUCCUUGACGGCAGAGAUGGGAGCGGAUUUCAAUAUCUUAGAAUAUGCCGAUCCGGAGUUGGACACGACGGAUGGCGAAAAAUCCAAUUUGCUGGACAGUUUAGAAUUGGAUGAACCAGAAGGGGAAAAAUCGGAUGACAAGUCAAAACCAACCGGAGAUCCAAACAAGUCGGAAACAAUGGAUACCGAUGAGAAAGUCGAUGAAUCCAAAAUUCCGCGUUCUACAGCCAUGAUGCAGACUACAGUGAUGGCUACAUCGUCAACAGUUGUUACACAACACCAACUACCAUCAGGAGUAACGAUACAAAGUCAGCAACAAAUGAUGCAAUCUCAACAAAUGCAAACAAUGCAGCAACAACUGCCUCUUCAACAACAUCAGCCUCAAGGUGUUGGACAGCAACAGCAGCCAACCCAACUUCAGCAGUUGAUCAGCGGUGGACAACCAAUGGGACCUCAAUCCCAAACUCAACCGCAACAACUGCAACAGCAACUACUCGCUGGCCAGAUGAAAACCAUACGGCCAAACAUGCUUACUCCAGCACAUCUCCAGCAAAUACAACAACAAAUGCAGCAGCAGGUUCAGCAGGCAGCGGCAAUGGGAAAACCAAUGGCUGUUGGAACGCAACUCGUAUCCAAGGAGGGUGCCGUUGGAGUAGUUACGGUCAACAACACUGUCUCUGUUAGCGUUCGGUCCGGACUAUUGAAUCAAUCGCGUAUUCAGCAGUUGAAGCUUGGUCACCCGCCAGGAAUGGUUCAGCAGAAUCUUAUCCAGGGUCAACAACAAACCAGAAUUGUUCAACAGAUCCAAGGAAACCGAAUCAUACAAACCGUUACGAAUCCGAACCAACCAGGACAAGCUCCGAUUGGCCAGUCGGUUCUUCACCAGCAGCUUCAGCAACCUACUCAACAACAGCAACAACAACAACCGGGUGCCGUUCCGGUUAGUGUCCCAGGACAACCACCUCCACCGCCCUAUCCGGAACCACCGCCACCUUAUCCGGGAAACCAGUCUGGUGGUAUGCCGAACACCGCUGCUGUGAAUCAGCCGCCGCCACCAUCUCAGUCACAAACGCAAUUGCAAACCAUGCCUUUAUCACAACCACCACCGUCACUAUUACCCUUGCCACCACCAACACCUCAACCACUCCCUUCUCUUCCUCCAAUGGGUUUCUCCUCGCUUGGAGCGUUGGAACAGCCAUACGGUCAUCAGUCCCCAGUGAGUGGCCCGUUGCCAUCGAUGGAUCGCCACCACCAUCUGGCAGGAUCCCAUAAUGGCAACUUUGGGCAAAGAAAUUAUUAUUCGAGUGCCGCGUUGGGCCCGUCGUCUUCCGCCAGACGGUCGUUACUGCUAAAGGAGCAGAGACUGCUGCUGGAAGAUCUGCUAGAACAGGAGAAACGAGAACAGGCUGGCCAGCUGGCGGCGGCCAGUGGCGACGCGAAUAAUCAGAACAUGCCGCCGGGCAUGUUGUGUGGGCAGGAUUUUGAAACCCUUUUGAAUAACCAGCAACAACAGCAGCAGCAGGCACCUCUUCAACCAGGAAUGCGUCUAGUUCAACAGAACAUAAUCCAAAAUCAGCCGCCUUCUCAGGUUUCAACACAAAUGCAACCUCAGCAGCAACAGCUGCAGCACCCACAACCGGGACAAAUCCAAUCUCCAGUUGGAAGUGGUCCUCCAGGUCAGUUCAUUAUGCAACAGCAACGCAUCACAACGCCGCAGUGGCGUUCGCAAACACCAGUCCCCGGAGGAGCCGUGGCAAACUUGAUCAAUCCUUUGAACAAGGCCGCAGGCCCAAGUGGCACUCAACCGAUAGCUCAGCCACAAAUGGAACCCACGCAUAAGCCUAUCCAAAUGUAUCAGGCAAAUUUGCAACCGGCACCUCCCGCUCCUCCUGAGAAUAUAACGAACGAUCAGGAGCGACAAACGCAAAUAACCUAUGAAAAUUGGAUGAAUCAGCAGAACAUUUCCCUCACCAAUCAGUUGAAACAUUACGAAACGGAGAUUGGAAAGUUGCGUAAAGUGAAGAAGCAGUUGAAUACCAAACAGCGACAACUUAAGAAAGCCGGGAAUGAGUUAUCUGAAGUAGACUUGAAGGAAUUAUCACAAGUGACUUCCGACCAUGCGGUUAUCCAGAAACAAUUGGAUAAUGCUAGGAAACAACACCGUCAGCAUACGGUUCUAAUGACAGAAUACAAAACAAAACAGCAAGCCAAAAUGCAAGCUAGUAUGCCAACUGCACCGGGGAGUUCACCUGCACAGAUUGCCCCACCUUCUCCACUAAUGUCCCCUUCACCGAGUUCGCAACAGACUAUGAUCCAUCAACCUCCGGCUCAGUCUCCACUCAAUAAUCCUAUACUACAACCAAGUCAAAGCCCGAUGCACUCUCCCGGGCCACUGAUGUCCCAAAGUCCGGGUCCUGGCAGCGUAAACUCGAUAAUGCAGAGUCCAAGUCACCAUACGAACUCAAACAGUGCUAUGUCUCCGUACAAUACCAUGCAACAGUCUCCAAGAAUUGGCACGCCGCAUUCACAGGCAGCUGACGAGAACCCGUUCAGUCCGGGGCCAUCGCCCUCUCCAUCCAUACCGGGAAGACUUACUUCUCCGGCUCCAAGGAUGACUUCACCACAGCACCGGAUGUCCAGCCAGCAAAUGCCACCUGGAAGAAUGGUCACCAGUCCUGGGGCUCAAUACGCUCAGCAAAACAUCAUCAUGCAGAAUCAGAUGAUGGGCCAACAGCAGACACGUUUCGUUCGACCUCAAAUCAUACCGAAUGAUCCAAACGUACGAAUGCGUGUUGCAAGCUCGCUUCAACAGCAACAACAACAGCAACAGCAGCAGCAAAUGAUGCAACAAAAUCCCAACAUACGACAAAUGCAACCUGGUUACAGUUCUCCACUUGGUAGCCCUCAGCCAAUCAUGUCCCCGGGAACACCUCAGCAACAACACCAGCAACAGCAGCAGCAGCAGCAACAAAAUAUGCAAAUGAUGCAACAGCAAAGGAUGCAACAAAUGCAACAGCGUCAACAAAUGAUGCAAAUCCAACAGCAGCAGCAGCAACAACAACAGAUUAUACAGCAACAAUCGCCACAACUGCCGCAAAUGUUACAACAGCAGCAAAUGCAAAUGCCACAGCAGCAACAACACAUUCAUCAAAUGAACCCGUUGCAGCAGCAACAACAGCAACAGGGACAGCAACAACUGAACUAUGCCAAGCAAAGUCCAGUUCAUCAACAGCCUCCAUCCCCGUUGCUAAGUCAGGGUGGCAGAACUACUCCUUCCUCUUCACCGAUGCCGCCUAGUCCAAUGUUGUACUAUCAGCAACAACAACAGCAGCAGCAACAGCAACAACAGCAAAUGAUUCGUCGUCCACCGAGUGCAGGAUCGCAAGGUUUGGGCCCUAGUCCUGGACAGUACAUCCAACAGGAUCCCAUGGAAGGGAACGUCGUGACCAGUGUCGCUAGCAAUAAUGCCAGUUCUGGUGGUGGAGGAGGAGGAGGUAUCAACCAUCCAUCGAACCCCAUUCCAAUAAUGCCUUGUUUCGGAAAGUAUGGCUACAUAAAACUAGGACUUCGGGGAGGAUCUCCGAUGUGGGGUAAUGCGAGGGGUAAUCCGUCAAAGGGUCCCAAUCCCAUGGGGCAUCUGCAGCAACAGCUGCAAUCUGGAAAUAAGCCCCAUGGACAACACUUGCCAGGAACGACUUUAAGUCAGGCGGGUCCUUCGCUACAGCAACAUCAGCAACAGGUGGAAGCUGCGAAAAAAGCUGCAAUGAUGCGCAGUAGAUUGACCAUAGUGCAAAAAGCUUCUCAAUCACAGCAAGGUCCCUCGGAGGAAAUUGUUGUGAUCGAUAGCAGUCCAGAUGAGAAAAGAAGAAUGAUAGAUUAUGAUGACGAAACCGAUAAACGAUUGGUCACUACAGAGGUGUCUUUGAGUUCCGUUGCCCAGCCAGCUGUUGAUGGUGAGGAGAUAAUGGAAUCGUUUGCUCACAGCAGAUACGACAUCGGGGCAAGUCCGUUGGGUGCGCAUAUUGAGGGAGGAGAAUACGAACUGUUUGGUCAAGAUGUGGUCACAUCUGGGAACAAAGAUGGGGAUAAAAGUUUAAGCGUGGAAGUGAACAAGAUUACUGUUGCUAAAGAGGGCGAACAUUCACAUGCUGGAUUGAUGAGUGGAGAGAAAUCGGGACAAACGAAUGAACGCAAUAUCGCUACCACAGAGGAUUUUGAAGCAAUGAUAGAUAGUCGUCCAAAGGACGCUGACGGCAAGCAAGACGACGAAACCAAGGAUUCAACAAGUGAUGAGUCGUUGAAGACUGGCAUGAAAACUCCUACAAAAGACGCCACUGUGAUAUCUGUAGGACUUCAGCAAAGCCCUAAGCCAAUUACGUACCCCGGACGAAUUGCUAUUCAAAAAACCAUUCUUCAAAAUCGACCUCAAAUUGUGACAGCGGUUUCGGCUGCCCAUAAAAAGCUCGUCAAGGAUGCGACAGAAAGCGCGAAGCUAUCCAUAGGAAACACAACCAUAUCUGUACCAAUAUUGAAGAGCCUCUCCAUGUCAGCAACUCCUCCGAAAACCCCAACCGAAGGAACACCAACCAGUCAGGCGAAGCCUGUUCUAUCAGGUCAGCCCAAAAAGAUUAUCACGUCCACCGCCAUCUCACUGAGCAAUAUCUCGAAAAGUACGCCUGGGACAGUCAUCGCUGUGGCGGGACAAAAAAUCAACACCACCAGCAUAGUGCCUCUCACUUCUUUGAACCUUAAUCAAUCGUCGCCCUUUAUCACGAAGACCUUUGCAAGAACAGGUCCAAACGCACCUCAGCACACCCAAGUUCAGCACCCAAACACAUCGCAGAUAAAAAUUCAGCAAAUCCCUCAAUCUAUGGCUCAAGGGCCAAGUGCAACGCAAACUCACCCAUCCGUACUUCAGUCAGCUACAAGCGAGAGCGUCGUCAUCAAGUCGAAACCAAAUGUUCCAUCGCCAAGUAUGGGCUAUGCCAAACUGUCCUCGCUAACGGUCACCCAAGAUACUUCGCUGCCGACUAAAAUCUUUGAAGACGAUUCAAUAUCGCCGGACAGUUCCAUCGGACAGGAAGAUUCGGAUCAUCUGGGAAUGGACAAAAUGGAACCGCCGAUAGACGAAGCUUCACGUGCUGAUGGUUCGGAAGUUGAUAAUCAUUUGUUAGCUGCCCAUGAGGGUUCGAAUGACUCCCAUUCUGGUGAGAUUAAGAAACAUGGCGUCAUUCCAGUGCAUGUUAUUUCAAAGUCGAGGGAAAACUCAAAGAGCCCCAUUCUUGGACCAGCAGGACAACGUGUCUCGACAAUGCCACAGCUUUCACCUCUGUCCCAACCCAAUGAGCUGACCAUGAAUGCGAUGAAUGUGUCCCAGCAGGUGCGCUCGAUUAUGUCUUCUAUCAAUUCGAGCACCAUUCAACCAGGAUCUUCUAUCAAAACGGAAGCAAGUGGAACGGUAAUUACCACAACUCCAGCUACUUCCGCCAGCGCAAUAUCUACCAUAUCGUUUGAUACAGUGAUACCUUCUCAGGGUGACAACAUGAGCAAGCCAGAGACUAUUGCAAGUAUUCUUAAGACCGUAUCUGGAAAGACAAUCCUCCCAGCAGCUGCUGUAGCGAACGCAUCCAGUGCAAACAAGUCGGAACAAGGACAAUCGGUCACUACUACGAUAUCAUCAAUACCGGGAACCAAGCUGCUGAACCAACAGUUGCAAAUCGGGCGUGUUUCUCCGGCCGUUCCUCCAAGUGGAAGCAACAUCGUGGUUGUGAAGCAAGUGCGAGCUCCGCUGCAAAAACAGAUUAGUCAAACUCAAGCACAGAAACAACAACUGGUGGUAAUGCAACAGCAGCAAGCAUUGAAGUUUCAGCAAAAUCAACAGCAAUUACAAAUGCAACACCAACAGCAGCAGCAACAAUUGCAACAACAAGCUUCUCAACAAACAGGCGUUAUCAUACAGGGUCAGGGGCGAAUACAGACCAUAGAGAUUCCGAAGAGCACUGUGGAUAACAGCAGUACCAGUAGCAUAGCCAGCAUACUGAGUAGCACUCUGCAACAGUCGCAAACUAGGAUUGUAAAUUUCAGCGAAAUAUCUACUAACACGAGUCAACCGCCAGGACUAGUCGUAACGUCCCGACCAGGAGUGAUAUCUACGCCUGGUAGUGGUGUUCUGUUGACCAGCAGCAGUUCUGCUCCCACAUCAUCGACUACAACUAGCAUCCUGAGCGCCACCUUAUCUCAACCGAUGCAAUCUAUGAAAAUGAGUACACCGACAAUUUCCACAUUGCUUCAAAAUCAAUUGCAAGGGUCAUCGUUCCGGAGAUCUAAAUCUACCGAUGAAGUGCCAGCGGGCUUCCCGCGAGAACCAGCCGGUCAAACUGUGAGCAAACGGCUUAGUCUGGAAGCUUCAAACACCGUUAAAAGCGAACCCAUGGAUACAACGGAUGAUAAUAAUGUGUCUUCCACGUCCUCAGUGGGUUCAACUACGGGACAGGGACAGGCCAGCGGUUGUAAAUUCUCAACCAUGUCAACACCUUCUGGAACUAAGGCUGAAUCCGAUAGUCAAAAUGUUCUCUUGAAGCAGCUUUUGCAAAAUACGGGCUGUACUUCGGCUCCUUCUCCGACGCCACCUUCCAUGGCACGGCCAGUUCCAAGUCUGAUAACGAAUCAACGAGCACCAAGUCUCGGUGUUGUAAGCUCUUUGGAAGCCCAACUUGCUCGUCCUGUUAUUCCACCAUCCACGAAUCCUCCAGCCAUACAAAUUAUCAGCACACAAGCUGUAACGAUACCCACUUCAAGUCCCACUCCAAACACGUCUGAACCUCAUAAGGUGACUGCCACGAAAAUAGUCUCCCGGGAAACGUCGUUCGUGUCGAAACCUCCCACAGUUUCAAUCUCAUCCAGUCAUCCUACUCCGCUUCUGUUUGCCAAUAUGCGCGCCGCAAGCAUGAAGAAGGAAGAAAUGCUCCAAGCUGCAGCUGCUUCUGCUGCUGCAGCAUCUGCAGCUGCUUCCGGUUGCGUCACAGCACAGCCCAUCACCGUUCAAAGCACGGUGAAAACAGAAUCCGGCCAAAUGACCGUUACGCAGAUCACCCAUCCCGUUAUACAUGCACAACAACCAUCGCAACAGAUGCUUCAGCAACAACUUCAGCAGCAAUCACAGUCGCAAACGAAUCAAUUGCCUUCUGUUUCGUCUGCUGACAUGGCCAAUAUGACAACCUACAUAAAGAGAGAACCCACCCCAGUUCAAUCGAUGAACAUGAAACCCCCGGAACAGCAGCAACCACAGUACCAGCAGCAUAUGCUACAAAACGCACCCAAUCAACAACCUCAACUUCAGCCCAUGUCUCGUACGCCAACACCGAUAGAGGUGAAGAAAGAAUUGCCUGACGAUGCUCUUUCCGGUCCAUCGCCGGUGUUCCCUUCGCCGGUCCCAACCCCCACAGAUACAGUCAAACAGGAACUUUCUUUCACGCCAACACCCGCCAAAGAGGAACCCGUUGAACAACCCUCGUUAGAAGCUGCUGCCAAAACAGCCGCCGAAAUAGCCCACGAGCUGAAGAAAAAGAAACGACGAGAGUAUCAGAAAAAUCGACGACAGCAGCAGAUCCAAUCGAACAAAGAACCCCAUCAGUCCAAGAAGAAGCCACGUAAAUCCACCAAACUUGAAGAGGACUACGACACCUACAUCGAUAACUUGAUGCUUCAGCUACGGCAAUUGCCUCCGAUGCAAAUCCUGGAACCACUUCUUCCACGAAACUACGGCAUCUGUCAACUGUUUGGUACUGGCGAUCUCACCAAAUUCACCAACAUGAAGAACUUCUCGAUUGCAACUGGAGAUCUCACCGGUACUUACGGGCAUGCACAAAUCCCCAACGUUGCAGAUUUCUAUAACACCAAACCGUUUGGCGUGAAAGUACCCCCACCAGAAACCGUACCUCCUUCAACUCAGCGGGGUUUCUACGAUCAAGAGUUCCCGCCCAUCAAGUUCGAAAACGAGGAUAGCUGCCGAUACGAUUUCGCCAAAGACCGAGAUUUGGAUUCGCCGGACACGAUUGUGAGCACGUCUAGUCCCGAAUGCGUCCGCUGGGAGUCCCCAAUCCACUUCCCCGGAUUACGAGUCAUCAAGGAGGAAAGCAACGAAGAAGAUCAAACCAUGAUCUUCAAGCGGAUGUCUCCGAUCAUUCCGAUCGUCGCUCCCAUUCCGAUUCGGCUGAAGAAGGGCAUUUCACUGUCGUCUGAUCGAUCGCUGAGUUUGAUCGGCCCCGGAAGCAAUAAGGAAAAUGAAGGCAUCAAAGAACCGCUCGGCAUUAAAUCGAGAUUUGGCCCACCGACGCCCCUUAAAGAUUCGAGUAAUGUUACGGUUACCCUAACGUUAACAUCCUCCGCUGCGGAAGAUAUCAUUGGAGUACUACGAGACCUUGCCAACAUUCUGGAAAUUCCGCCGCCAAUGUCGUACCAGAUUGUGGAGCGAACCACUACUCCGCCUAGUCAAAAGCUUGGUCUGUACCGGACUAAGGGACGCGAUGGAAAAGAAGGAGCUCCCAUCGACAUACAAACCAUCCUGAAUGGAGCAGCCAAGUUCUGCAGGCAUUGCGACGUAGUGAUACUGAACACGCUGAUAACCGCAAAGCCUUCGGAAUUCCCGUUGCUGGCAAACGCUGUGAAUCAGGAUUUGGAAUCAGAAGAGCUGUACUUCUGUAGUAAGGCUUGCUAUCGGCAGUUCCAGUGGCGUCCGACGAAUAUUUUGGAAGAUAAACUGCUCGGCGCUGAUGGAAGCAAACUGCGCGAAAACCUCGCUUCUAGAUUCGAUCUAGAUAUGGACGAAAGUUUGAGCAUGGGUGCAAUGGACAUCAAGCAAGAACUGAACGAAGACGGUGAUGUCAGCAUGACAAGCAUGCGUUCCUCGGAUAGCAAAGACUCGUCCAUCAAUGAGCGCAAGAAGAAGCUGGAUGAGUCCGAUAAAGAAACUGGACCACCCCCGAAGCAAUUGAAGGGAGUGAAGUACAAGCUGUUUGCCUCGAAUUGUUUCCAAAUCCAGAGGUACAAGAAGCCUACCGAGAAGGAAAUCACGGAAAUGUUGUUCCGUAUGAGCAUCACCGUAACACCCACUCCAAAAAUGCCGGAUGAUACCAGACGUUGCAUUUUCUGCCACACGACCGGCGACGGAGUUGCGGAUGGUCCUUCGCGUCUGCUGAACUACGACGUGGACAAGUGGGUUCACUUGAACUGUGCUCUCUGGUCCGAUGGAGUCUACGAAACCGUAAACGGUGCAUUAAUGAACUUGGAAAAUGCUCUUCAGCAGAGUCUGAGCUCGGCCUGUACGUUCUGCAAUAAUCUCGGAGCGACAAUUAAGUGCUUCAAGACUCGUUGCGCCAACGUUUACCAUUUGAGUUGUGCCAUGAAGGAUAGUUGCGUGUUCUACAAGAACAAGACGACCAUGUGUCAAUCGCAUGCACCAAAGACCGAAAAGGACUCCGAACUGACGACGCUGAGCGUCCAACGCCGGGUGUACGUGGAUCGGGAUGAAAGCCGGCAGGUAGCGUCCGUGAUGCACCACUCGGAGUCGAACAACCUUCUGCGAGUGGGUAGCUUGAUCUUCUUGAGCGUUGGUCAGCUACUGCCCCAUCAGCUGCAGAAUUUCCACACUCCCAACUACAUCUACCCGAUCGGAUACAAAAUUAUACGUUUCUAUUGGUCGAUGCGGCGCCCGAACAAACGCUGUCGCUACGUGUGCUCGAUUGCGGACGUGUGCGGUCGGCCCGAGUUCCGAGUGCUGGUGCAGGAGUCAGCCGAGGAAGACAUCGAACUCCGUGACAUCACACCGAAGGCCGUUUGGCAGCGGAUACUUGACCCGAUGGCCAUCUUGCGGAAGGAUAGCCAAAUAGUGCAGCUCUUCCCCAAGUACGUUACCGGAGAGGAUCUUUUCGGCUUGACGGAGCCGGCCGUGGUUCGCAUUCUGGAAAGUCUUCCUGGCAUCGAAACGUUGACUGACUAUCGCUUCAAGUAUGGUCGCAAUCCGCUGCUGGAACUGCCCCUGGCGAUCAAUCCUUCCGGAGCAGCUCGAACGGAACCAAAGUUGAAGCACUCGCUGACGUGGAAGAAGCCCCAUACGCAGCGAACGGGUUCGGUCACUCAGCGGCCAACUUUUGUUCCUACGAGCUCGCCGGCUGGAGAGGUUGCCUGUCCGUACAGUAAACAGUUUGUACAUUCCAAGAGCUCUCAGUACAAGAAGAUGAAGCUGGAGUGGCGCAACAAUGUCUUCCUGGCGCGGUCCAAGAUUCAAGGGCUGGGUCUGUAUGCGGCAAGGGAUCUGGAAAAGCACACCAUGGUGAUCGAGUACAUCGGAGAGGUCAUUCGCACGGAGGUCUCCGAGUUGCGCGAGAAGCAGUACGAAGCAAGGAAUCGUGGUAUCUACAUGUUCCGCCUGGACGAAGACCGCGUGGUCGAUGCAACACUGUCCGGCGGUUUGGCCCGGUACAUCAACCACUCGUGUAACCCGAACUGUGUCACGGAAACGGUCGAGGUCGAGCGGGACCUGCGUAUCAUCAUUUUCGCCAAACGGCGAAUCAAUCGUGGCGAAGAGCUCUCCUACGAUUACAAAUUCGACAUCGAGGACGAUGCACACAAGAUUUCUUGCAUGUGCGGCGCCCCCAAUUGUAAAAAGUGGAUGAAUUAAGCGGAAAGUCACAGUAAAACGUGGACCUUUUUUGCUGCAUUCUUUGUGUACUACUAUUAGUUUAAUCAUUCUUUAAUUGUGUAGUUUGGUCAGAACAUCAGAUUUAGUUGUAUAGUUGUUUAGUACUCUCAAUGUUUUUUUUUUCACUAGGUUACGUGUAUUAAGAAACAAAAGUCAGUUUUUACAGACAUCCACAGCUAUGAUAUGACAGAAAUUAAUUGACAAAUUGAGCUAGUCUUAAGGGAAAAGUUAUAAAAAUAGUAUGUGUUUAGUGCAAGAUGUGUUAGUAGAGUUGGUUCAAUAGUGUUUAUCAUGAUGUUUAGUUACAUUGUAGCUUUUUUUCUAUUCCUUUUUUUCUGUUAGUAAGACUAUAGCAGAAUUGUCCUUCAAUAAGAAGAAAAAGAUUGCUUUAGCUAGAAGCACCUUCGAAUUAGAUAUACACACAUGAGGGUAAGUCCGAACAUGGAUCAAAUCAAAUAGGUUUUGUAGGAGAUUAAGUAGCAAAAGGAAAGUGUACAUCAGCACUAGUAAAGUAGGUAGACAGAGAUUAUUUCCGAUACGAAAUAAAAAAAAAAAACGAUACAAAUACACACGGAUGAAAUCUGGGAUUAAGGCAAAACAAGUUAUUAGAGCGUAUACCUAGCGAAGUAAGACACAAAAUGUACUUGAUAAACAAUAAUGAGCAACAAACCUUAGCCUGAGGGAAAUCAAAGAAACAACAAAUCUAGAAUCACCUCCAACAGUGGACACACGUGGAACUCCCACAUCCAUAUAUUUUCAGACGAUUGUUUUGCAAUAUAUAUAUUUUGUAUACUAGAUCAUAAAUGUUAACAAAUCUCUUCUCAGUUGAUUGAGAACGAAUGACACACCGAGUAGCUGCGCUAUCUUUGGGUGAAAGAAGAUGUAAUUAUUACGGAUUAUUGCCCCUGAACCAUACGGUAGGUACCGGUUAAGUAUAGUGAUGCAAGUGUGUAGCAAUAGAGAAAAAGCACUUCUGUGUUGAUAAAAGAGCAAGAAAGAAAUCACAGCUAGAAACCUUGAAGUAUACAUAUUUGUAACAUAUAAGCUUGACAGAAGGCACGGCGAAAUAGAACAGUGAAAAAAUUA